GGACCCGGAAGUGAUUCUGUAUUAGAGGCUGAAAGGCGCCGAGGCACGCGUCCUGUUAUUGUCCCCGGUAACUGUCCCCGGUAUCUGUUUCCGGAACCUGUCCCCGGUAUCUGUCUCCGGUAACUGUCCCCGGUAACUGUCUCCGGAGCCUGUCCCCGGUAACUGUCCCCGGUAACUGUCCCCGGAACCUGUCCCCGGUAUCUGUCUCCGGAACCUGUCCCCGGUAACUGUCCCCGGUAACUGUCCCCGGAAUCUGUCCCCGGUUCCCCCAGAAUCCCGGAGCGGGUCCCCGCGGAAGUGUCGUCAUGGCGACGGGAGGCGGCGCUGCUCCUCCUCAGGUCGGUGAUGUUGAAGAAGACGCGUCACAGCUGCUGUUUCCUAAAGAGUUUGAGAACGCGGAGACGCUGCUGAACUCGGAGGUGCACAUGCUGCUGGAGCACAGGAAGCAGCAGAACGAGAGCGCCGAGGACGAGCAGGAGCUGUCCGAGGUCUUCAUGAAGACGCUGAACUACACGGCUCGGUUCAGCCGCUUCAAGAACAGAGAGACCAUCACGGCCGUGCGCAGUCUUCUCCUGCAGAAGAAACUUCAUAAGUUCGAGUUGUCGAGUUUAGCGAACCUGUGUCCGGAGGCUGCGGAGGAGGCCAAGGCUCUGAUCCCCAGUCUGGAGGGACGCUUCGAGGACGAGGAGCUGCAGCAGAUCCUCGACGACAUCCAGACCAAGAGGAGCUUCCAGUACUGAGACCGGGUCCUGAACCAGUGCUGAGACCAGGACCUGAAUCAGUACUGAGACCAGGACCUGAACCACUCUCUGGUCUCAGGUGGUCUUGGAUUGUCUUGGACAGAUUGAUAAUCGGUCACUCUCCAUGUUUUCACUUUACUUCUACAACAAUAAACCUUGUUUUGUGCUUUUCUA